GUGAAGUUACAGUUUUCCCCGACUGUGGCCCACGAGCACUUCCUUGUUCCGCGUUGACGUCACGUGACCGGUAGUUGACGCAUCAUGUGACAAAACAGCCGUUUCUGAACACCUGGUUCCUCGUCUGACAAAAAGCCUGUUUUAGCAGUAAGCCAAUACAAUGAGGCUAGUAAUUCUGGACGACUAUGACCUGGCCAGUGAGUGGGCAGCAAAAUACAUCCGCAACAGAAUCAUCCAGUUCAGUCCGUCCGCUGAAAGAUACUUUACCCUGGGUUUGCCUACAGGGAGUACUCCUUAUGGCUGUUACCAGAAGUUAAUUGAAUAUUACAGAAAUGGAGAUAUUUCAUUCAAAUAUGUGAAAACAUUCAAUAUGGAUGAAUACGUAGGUCUACCCCGUGGACAUCCAGAGAGCUAUCACUCCUACAUGUGGAACAACUUCUUCAAGCACAUCGACAUUGAACCAGCCAAUGCUCACAUCCUGGAAGGAAACGCAGACGACUUGGAGGCGGAGUGUCAGGCUUACGAGCAGAAGAUCGCAGAGGCCGGAGGGAUUGAGUUAUUUGUAGGAGGUAUUGGCCCUGAUGGUCACAUAGCGUUCAAUGAGCCAGGUUCUAGCCUUGUUUCCAGGACCAGAGUGAAAACCCUGGCUAAGGACACCAUUGUGGCCAAUGCACGUUUUUUUGGCAAUGACCUCUCCAAGGUUCCCACCAUGGCUCUGACUGUGGGUGUAGGAACUGUCAUGGACGCCAAGGAGGUGAUGAUUCUGAUCACAGGAGCACACAAAGCCUUUGCUUUGUAUAAAGCCAUAGAGGAGGGAGUGAACCACAUGUGGACUGUUUCAGCCUUCCAGCAGCACCCGCGCACCAUCUUUGUUUGUGAUGAAGAUGCCACCCUCGAGCUACGAGUCAAAACUGUCAAAUACUUCAAAGGUUUAAUGCAUGUUCAUAAUAAACUGGUGGACCCAGUGCUCAGCAUGAAGGACCAGUGAAACCAAGAUCACCCGGGAGGAGAGCUGACAGUGUCAAGAUGGUCAGAGAGCCAUGGAUCUGAGUGGAUAGCCUUGUUACUUCUGCUACUGUUUUAUACCCGAAUGUCUGAGUGAUUGUCCUCACCUGUGCAUGUAUUCAUUGACUAAAACUGUCUUUGGAAAAUGUCGGAUAGGUCAGAUAUUAAUAAGUGCUAAAUGAUCAGGUAUGAUGAAUUAUAGAUGUAAUCAUGAAGUGGCUGCUCUCAUCAGCAGUGGAGAUUAUCUCUCUGAGACUGUUUGUUUAGCACUUGGCAUUUAAAGGAUAGUUCCAGUUGAUUUUUUUUAAAUAUUUUAUUUUGAAUACCCUGCACAUGUUCAUGUUUUCCCUUAAUGUGUCAUCACAUGGCCAGAGGAAGCAAGUACUGCACCACUGAGCAAUCAUGGAACUUACUUAACACAAAUGAAUGUGAUCAAAAGUGGCCUUUGACUUUGCUUUGCUUUGGCUUUUGUAUGCUUUUAGCAUUCAUGUGUCUUAGAGAUGUGAAAUGUGGACUUGGUCAGUCCUUCUCCUUCACCGUGCGCACCCACAGCGCACUGCAGGACACUAAAGUCGAAGUUUUAAUUAAUGCCAGUUAAAAUAACCUCAACCCCAAAGUUAUUAGCCUUUUUUCAGAGGUUUUAACUGUUUCUCAAGGCCUUCAUCAGUGAAGUGAGUUUUUUUCUUUAGUUGUCAUCAUGUGACCCAAUUACAGUCACAUAUAGCUGGUCAUCCACUGACUCCUGGAUAAUGACUUUUGACCUCUUCCAGUGAAUGCCUUGAGAGAGAUUGUUGUCUGGUGUCCAGAGACCCACUGCAGCGGGUUCUUGUACCACUUCGACACUUCUGUCCAUGUAGAGUGAAUAAUUAACUGGUAUCAGGCAAAGUUCAAAGUGCAGCUUGAUGACAAGCUUUUCUCCCACUGUCUAACCACCAAAGUUCCUCUCUAAUGCAACAACUUAAUUAAUUGUAUAGUCAUCUCCUUCGCAGCCUUUCAGGUGUUAUAGUAGCAUGAUUUGAUUGCAUUUUUAGUGUUUGGACACAACAUUCCCUCCAUGGUUUUCUUUGAUCUAAUGCCACUCCUUCGGUUUAUCAAGCUGUUACAGUUGUUACUUCUAGUUAGUGUUUUUUGCACAUGUACUGUUUUAACUCUAAUGACAAUAAAUAAAAAAAAAGUUUGCCAAGAA